AUGGCUUUCUUCAUUUCAUCUUUUGGACAACUUUCUUUGAUCGUCUACAAGCAGAUUGGAGGACCUUUCGUCAUUCACAAAACUGUAUUCUCUCUUUACUUCUUAGGAUAUAUCCUUCUAGCUAUAACUUGGAUGUUUUCUGAGCUUUUCUAUGAGAAAGCUACAGUACAACCACAAGAAACAACGUCUGUUGCUCCCUGA